UUGUCUUGAACGAAAGACACAUGCGAGGUCAACUUGUCGAGCUCAAGUUUGAAUACACAACGGCGAUAACGAUUCUAGUUUGAUGAAAUUAUUCCUCCUGCUCCUCAGUCUCAUCCCACGAUGGUUGGUGAUCAUCAUACAGAUGAGGCUGCGAGCCUUUAGGUGUGCAUUUAUUUAUUAUGAUUCUAUAAUAAUACCGCGGGAGACAUUCGACGCCUUAGGAGUUCCCAUUGCAUUCCGUAUGUUACUGGGCAGUGCGAACAGAUGACCACAAGUGCUGCAGCUUCUUCGCACAACACGGUCAUCAAUAGAGGCUUCUCGCAGCACUUAAAAGGUAUAUUAAAACAAUAAUGCGUCCGGCAAAACACUCAUCCUGCAGAGUAACAACCAUCUACAUCUCAGAGACUGCUUAUCCUGUGCUGUCCUAUGUCUCUGCAUCGCGUCCAUUGACCUUGGAAUGGCCGCAUUUCAUAUACCGAAGCAUACAAAGGCUCCAGGCUCUACAAAUCAUCUUCAAAGCAGUUGAAUGGCCGUGUAUCACGGCAAGCUGUCUUUGUCAUGAGAAUCCUUUGCCACAUGUGGUGCAACCCUCUAGAGCCAGGGAAAUUGCCUUGCUCUGCGCAGAAAAUGAUACUUAAAUCUGUUAUUCUUACGCUGAAUGGUUGUGCAGAAACAUUGAAAAAGCUAAAUGAAGGGGUUGGCAGACAUGGAAAGGAUAGACUUUCGAACAGACUUACAUAUUGUUUUGUGCGGGAUGAUUUAGCGGCCACUUGCAAUAUGUCGGAUAGCUUACAGCAUAAUUUGAGCAAUGCUCUUCAAGUUUGGAUGUUGGAAGACAGUACUCGUCAUCGAGCAGAUAUAACCCAAAUGAUUACGGAUCAAUCUGUCACGCAUUUUCACACCUCACGAAAAUUCGAAGGCUGUUUUGAAGAUUUGUCAAAGAAAAUAGAUAUUAUAAUAUCAAGUAAACAGCAGCCUCUUCUCCAAAGCCCUUCUUUACUGGCACAAAGAUGCUUAGAGCUUAACGCCGCCAAGGCUGAAUCCAGCUUUUUACUACUGAAAUACAAACACAACGUUCGACUUCGUCUCCCUCGUCCGUGUCCUUGCCAUUUCUCAGCAUCUCAAUAUGCUGAUGGACCUCGACAUUGCGCCUCUGUGGAUUCUGUCCUCUGGAAACAAGACUCUUCGAGUUGUCAUAAUUGUUCUACGUGUAAGGGUUGGCAGUUAAUUCGAAAGAAAUUCAAUAUUUGCAACAAAUUGCUAGGAUACUCCAUAGCAUUCACUAUGUUUCUCACACGUGGUGCCGGCGGCUUUUCAAUCGGCCCACUGCUGGGCUUUAGUGCCACAGCACCUACUCCUUCACCUGCUUUCCGCUUAUCAUAUGCUACUAAAUAA